AACUUAACAAACAUAAUCAGCUGACCGCCCGUCCGUGUCAAAACACGAAAUAAACAUUUCAGUUUGAUUUGUAAUUUCGAUUAGUUUUAUAAAGCUUCUGUAACAUCUAGCCGUAGUUUUGUGUUAGAUAUCGACGAAUAAAGAUGUGUAACGAGUUAGAUUUAUUGUUUAAACCUAUAGUGUUAGUGACAGGGUUCGGUCCGUUUGCUAACCACCCUGUUAACGCGAGUUGGGAGGCGGUAAAACUGAUGAACAAGGAAGAACUGGAGGACAAGCACAAUAUCGAGCUGGUGCAGCUGGAGAUACCCGUCACUUACGAAAAUGUUGACGAAUUUGUGCCCGCCUUGUGGGAGACACAUGAGCCUAAACUCAUGAUCCAUGUAGGAGUGUCAAGCAUCGCAAACAACAUAACCCUGGAGAUGCAGGCCCACAGGAAGGGCUACCAGCGGUUGGACUACUUUGACCAAUGUCCGGCCAACAACACAUGUCCUGCAGAUGGUGCUGUACGCAUCCACACCAAGCUGGACGUGGAGCGGCUGUGCCAGGAGUACAACAAUGACAGCCCUAAGGAGACAGCUGCUGUUACAUCUAAGGAUGCGGGCAGAUACCUCUGCGAAUAUAUCUACUACACAUCUCUAUCAGUGGACAAUAAGCGCACCCUGUUUGUCCAUGUGCCCGACACGAACAAGUACUCUUCGGACCAGACGGCGCGAGCACUGGAGCGCAUCCUGGAGCUCUGCCUGCAACAGCUGGACGAAGCCUCCUGCCCUAACGACGUCGCCAAGACGUUGGAGAGAACUACGUUAAGUGAAAAUGGGAUUUGCGAAAACAAGAUUUAGAAAUACGUAUUGUUGAACUGUGUACAUAGGUACCUAGUUGUAAGAAUAGAGAAAGUUGAUUUAUGUUUUUUUAAUAAACAUAACAUAAUACAGCCUAUAUGCAUCCUAUUGCUGGGCACAGGCCUCCCUUCAAUCAACUAGAGGGGGUAUGGUGGAUAUUCAAUGUAGCUUCCGUACGGGUUGGUGGUGUUUUUACGGCUAAUAGCCGGGCCGGGGUAUAAGAAGAAUGGCCGGGACCAACGGCUUAAUGUGCCCUCCUACUUUUUGAGACAAUCAUGUGAUUCAAACCUGCAAAGUCCUUAUCAAACAGAGGAUAGUCUCCCAGUGAUUUCGACAAUGUCCCCAUCGGGAAUCGAACCCGUACCUACCUCCAGAUCAUGAGCCUAAGGCUGUAACUACUAGACCAUGGAGGCCGUGUACUGUAUAAGUAAUGUACAAGGGCUAAUAGGUGUAUAGGAGUGGUGGAAAAUAUUUUACAUAAUACUGAUGUAAAAAAGUAUUUUUAAAGUAUAUCACUAAAAAAAUAUUUUGUGUAUAUUCGCAAAUAAAAUAUUAUGUAAUAAUUGUUGUCGCAAUUUUUGAGAUUGUUAAAAAUGUUACUGUAAUUCGUAAAAUAAAUGAUUAAACUUAUUUUAGAAGGUA